AUGCUGGGAGUGCUAGCAGUCCUACUAGGAUGUGCGCGGAUAGACGGCCUGAAGAUGGACCUCACAGACAGCAACUUCCGAAAGGCCCUUGAGGGCAAGAACGCCUUCGUCUUCUUUCAGGCCCCUUGGUGUGGCCAUUGCCGGAAGCUCCAGCCGGAGUGGGACCAGAUGGCCAAGGUUUUCGCAGACACGCCCAAUGUCAUCAUCGGCCAGGUGGACUGCACUGGCAGUGGCCAGAGCUUUUGCGGUGAGAAUGGUGUGCAAGGCUACCCGACACUGAAGCUUUGGAAGGACGGCAGAAUGCAGGAUUACAACGGUGGCCGUGACUUCAAUUCGAUGAAGCGAGAGGUGGAGCGCAAGCUGGAGCCGCGGCCUGCCUGCAGCUUGGAGUCCAAGGACGCUUGCAAGGCGGAGGAUUUGGCCAUCCUCGAGGAGAGUGAGAAGAUGUCCAAGGCAGAGAGAGCCGCCAAGAUCAAAGAAGUCCAGCAAGAGAUUCAGGAUGCCAAACAUCAAGCAGCAGAGAUGGAGAAGAAAGCCAAAAAGUUGGCGGAAUCCUUGGACCUUAUCAAGGCAGGGGGCCAGACGGUGGAGAAGGUUGAGCAGCUGCUGAACAAUGCAGACUGGCGUGCCCACUGCGAGGGACGAACCUGCCUCGUCGCCUUUCUGCCGCACAUUUUCGACGAUGGUGCUGCAGGCCGCAACGAGAAGUUGAAGGUUUUGGACCAGGUCUUGAAAGACACCAAGAAGGAUGGCAAGUCGGUGGGAUUUUUGUGGAGCCAAGGGGGCGAUCAGUUCGAGCUAGAGGAGGCGCUGGGCCUUCAGUUCGGCUUCCCUGCAGUCAUUGCCGUGAACUUUGGCAAGGGAAGAUUUGGUGUGCAUCGGGGCACAUUUGACAAGGACUCCGUGUCGCAAUUCCUGACCUCGUUGGCCCGCGGUGGGACUCCGUUGGCCCCGUGGCCGGCGACCGCGGCGGUGAAGGCCGAGCCCUGGGAUGGCAAGGAUGGUGUGCCGCCCGAGGAGGACUUGUGA